AUGGCUUCGGCAAGGGAUGUCGAGAAAGAUGGCAAUGUCACCGAUAAAUACACGGCAUUCGAAGACCCAGAUUCGCCUGCCGAGCGUGCCCUAAUCCUCAAGCAAGACCUGCGCAUCAUCCCCCUCUCCGCAGGCAUCUACCUGCUGUGUUUCCUGGACCGGUCCAACAUCGGGAAUGCGAAGACGCUCAACGCAAAUGAGGGCCAAUCGCUGCUGCAGCAAACACACAUGAGCAACUACGACUUCACCACCGCGCUCAUGGUGUUCCUCGUCGCGUACGCCGUGUUUGAAGUCCCCAGCAACUAUUUCCUCAAGAAGCUCAAGCCCAGCCGCUGGAUCGCGUUCCUCAUGUUUGCCUGGGGCGCAUGCACGAUUGGGCUGGGGGGCGCGCAGAACUACGCUACGGUGACGGCGGUGCGGUUUCUGCUCGGCAUGUUUGAAGCGGGCUUGUUCCCAGGCCUCGUGUAUUACCUCACCUUUUGGUAUCGCGCGCGCGAACGCAGCAUCCGCGUGGCUAUCAUCCUGGCGAGUGCCACGCUGGCGGGGGCGUUUGGCGGCGCCAUUGCCUACGGCGUUGGGCAUAUGAAGAUGGUGCAGGGCCUUGCGGCGUGGCGGUGGCUGUUCAUUCUCGAGGGCAUCCCCUCGUGUGUCUCGUCCGUCGCCGUGUGGUUCUUCCUCCCAGACUAUCCUGAACAGGCGUCGUGGCUGUCGACGGCCGAACGCGAGUUGGCGGUUGCGCGGUUGGAACACGAGGGGUCCAAAGGGGAUGCGCCGUCGCUGUCGUGGGAGACGGCAAAGGCGACGCUGCUCGACGCAAGGCUGUGGGUGCAUUAUGUCAUUUACUUUGGUAUUUCGGCGCCUUUCAGCUCGCUGUCGCUGUUCACGCCUACCAUCACGGCGGGUCUGGGCUACGAGAAUCUGCAGGCCCAGCUGAUGACGGUUCCGCCGUACGUGGUGGCAUACGUGGUAUCCAUCCUGACUGCUUGGUCGUCGGACUAUUUCAACGCUCGAGCGUUGCAUUCUGCCGUCUUGUCCACCAUUGGCGCAAUCGGCUUCCUUGCUUCGGCUCUUCUUCCUGCAGACGCUUACCACGCGCGGUAUGGGUGUUUGAUUGUGGCGGCUAGCGGUGCAUUUUCUUGCAUUCCACCGCUACUCGGCUGGCUGAGCAGCAACAUGCACAGUACUGCUGCCGCCGGACUAGCUAUCGCCCUGAAUGUCUCUUGGGGUGCCCCCGGCCAAAUCGUAGGUGUGUGGAUCUACAAGGCAAACGAAAAGAAAAAGGGGUAUCCGACGGGCCAUUGGACAAACUUUGCAAUGCUCAUCAUGGUUGCUGUCGGAUGUGUUGGACUGCGCUUUUACUACCAAUGGCGAAACAAGAAGUUGCAGCGAUUGGGUCCAGACGAAACAGGCAUCAUAAAAGAGUUUAGCUACUGA